GAAACGGAUCAGGUUUGCGGCAGAAAAAGGCGGAAAAGAUAUCAGCGUGUGACAAAAAUUAACAAAUAGCGCUAAAUUGCGCACACGUAGCGGCGCCGCAAAGAUUCGAAAGUUAUCUGCCAACACCUGAAAAAAAAUAUUUCACGCGACGGCAGUGGACAAAGUGAAAUGAUCGCUGAAAAGUAAAAAAACAAAAAUAAACAAGGCUAGUACUCCGCAUCUUGUAUCUGGGUGCGGGAUGGGUGUGGGUGUUCUCUAGUUUAUACAAAUGACUGAAGCGCAUAGAAAUGUAAGAAUGCCUUCGUGACUGUUCGAGGUGUGCCGUGUCUUCCCAAAGUUUCGCUAGUCGACGCCAAAGCUGUGCAAUAAAACCCAAAGUCCACCUCGAUUUGAUGUAUCGGAUCAUCGGCAUGGCCAAGUUUGGACGAGUGCCUCUGUCGUAAUAAGUGGUGCCAUGGAUCAGUUUGCUAAGGUGCUUGGCGAGGGUACUCAGCGGAAUCGGCAUGCGAAAAGUUCGAGCACUUCCAGCAUCUUUGCGUCCAGUACGCUCCAGCCCGAGGAACGGGGGUCCUCGAGCCCCUCGGUGGCGGCGGCGGCCUCCGGCGAGUCGGGCUCGUCCCCGUUGUCCCGCCAGCACCAGCACAGCCGGAGCGGUUCGGGCGCCAGCUCUGCGAGCGGCAUGGCCCCGGGCGGCGGGGGCGCCGGGGCGGCGACCGCAACGCAGUCCGCGACCAGCCUCGCGAGCAGCGCCAGCAGUGGCAGCGCCGCGGGGGACGGCGGAAGGUCGGCAGUGGCGACUUCUGGCCCCGGUGUAGUCCAGAGGGAGGACAUCCUGGUGUUGACCCACGACGUGCGGGCGUUCAAGGAGGCCCUCGGCAGGCUGCGCAAGGUCUUCGGAGCCGAGGGGCAAGAUAAGCAGCGCCGGGAGACACGGCUGGUUGCCGCCCACGAACGCCUGGGUCAGGUUCUGCGGAUUCUGCGCUCCAUCCUGGAGAAGUACCCACCGAUCCAGUCGACGGAGUUGCUUGUGGCCGCUGGCACCCUCAUUCAGCACGUCAAAGGGCAUGACUACAGUGAGGAUAAGGCAAGCCAGAGCGAGUCUUUCUUCGAGGCAGUGGACCAGCUGGCUCUGGCAUUUAGCAGCAGGGUGUCUGAGUAUCUGAUGGGUGAUCUGGACUUGGGCACGAGCGCUAUGGGCAAGACCAGGAGCUGCGAGAACCUUCUGUCUCCGGACAGGACGACGGGGCACACAUACUCAUCUUCAGCGCUCACGGGGCAGGAAGUGGACGCCAAGCUCAUGAGGCUCAGUGAAGGGGUGGAGUUCUCCUUGAGGCGAGCCAAGAUCUGGUCAAAGUAUGCCAAGGACGUCAUGACGUACGUCGAGAAGCGCGCAAACCUGGAGGCAGACCAUGCCAGGAACCUUCUCAAGCUGGCCCAGACAAUGCGACCCAUCCUAAAAGAAGAGAGCUUCCUGCCGUUUCAAUCAAUCUACUGCACCGCCAUCGACCAAGACCUGGACAACUCCAGCAACUGCCUUUCCAACUGCACUCUGCUUCAUGAUCACAAGUUCAUUGAACCACUGACGGCUCGGAGAAACGAGCACGAAAAGGCACGCAAACAAUUGAAAGAGAUCUGGCACAGAGAGCUGAAGAGAAUGCAAGAGCUGGAGACGAACGUGCGCAAGGCCCGGGCCCUGUACGUGCAGCGUCAGCAGGACCACGAGAAGGCCAAGGAGUCUGCGCACCGGGCGGCCGAGGCGCAGGAGGGUGGGGAUGGAGGGAGCAGCCGCUGCGAGCGGAAGCGGCGCCUGGAAGACGACGCGCUCCAGAAGGCCCGUGAGGCCGAGACCACUUACAAGGCCUGCGUCGUAGAGGCCAACGAGAGGCUGCUGUCGCUCGAGAGGACAAAGAUGGAGGUGCUCCAGCAAGUGCGAGAGCUCAUGUGCCAGUGCGACCAGACGAUGAAGGCGGUGACGGUUGCCUACUUCCAGCUGCAGCAUACUGUGUCCGCACCAGCUCCCGUUCAGUUCCAAACGCUCUGCGAAAGCAGUCGGAUGUACGAGCCAGGGUCGCAGUACAUGGAGUUCGUCAGGCGGAUUCCGUUGGGGCGACCCACGGAACCGCAGCUGCUCACCUUUGAGCCGUACACCACCGACACCAGGACGGAGUCUCGAAGAAUCCACGAAGCGGUCGUAGCAAAUGACGAGCCUCUGGAUGGCGCCGCCUUGGAUGCCAGGCUUGGUUUGGAAGCCGGUGCCGGAGCCAAGGUGGCAGGCAGGACUUGGGGCACGUGCCCAGGCAGCGAUUCGGACAGCGUGGGCAGCUGCCACAGCAACAAGUCUCCCGACACAAGUCCCGCCGCAAGCCCCCAGGCCCCCGCCAGGACCCUGCUGACCGUCUCGUCUGGAGACGAACUGGACACAGACCACGACAACGACAGCGGCUUGGGCCUGUGCCGUCGGAUGUGCCUGUCCCGGGCAGCGGAGACACACUCGUUCCGCAAGUUGCGCACUCCCUCCCGCUGCCGGGAAUGUGACUCCUACGUCUACUUCCAAGGGGUGGAGUGCUCAGAGUGUGGCCUGUCCUCACACAAGAAGUGUCUGGAGACGCUGGCCAUUCGAUGCGGUCACAAGCGGCUGCCGCGAAAGAUGACCACCUUUGGGGUGGAUCUGACCGACCACACGGACGAGGCUGACGCUGACAUCCCAUACAUCGUUCGCAAAUGCGUGGAGGAAAUCGAUCGCCGGGGGUACGACGUCAAGGGGCUGUACCGGGUGUCCGGGGUCAAGUCGAAGGUGGAGAAGCUGUGCCAGUGCUUUGAGAACGGCGCCCAGCUGGUGGACCUGAGCGACGCCCACCCCAACGUGGUGGCCAACGUGCUCAAGCUCUACCUCCGCCAGCUGCCCGAGCCCCUGCUCACCUUCAGGCUGUACCCACACUUCGUCGGCGUGGCCAGGGAACACCCCGCGGGGAGUCACGCGGAGGGAGCCGUUCCCGAGGAAGAUCAGGCCAAUGACGCUCCCCCUGAGGAAGUUGUCGGCGGCCAAGAAGCAGUGCCGGACUUGCGCCGUCUGGUGGAGCAGCUUCCCUCCGUGCACCGGCGCACUUUGGCACUCCUCCUGCGCCACCUGGCGCGGGUGGCGCAGCACGCGCGCAAGAACUGCAUGCCGGCCAGCAACCUCGCCAUCAUGUUUGGACCCACACUGCUUCGCACCAGAGAAGGCAGUGCCUCGCUGAGCUCGCUGGUGGACACGGUGCACCAGACCAGGGCCAUCGAGCUGCUCAUCACGUACGUCGACCGGAUAUUCGAGGACCCCGACGCCAACGAGCAGUACACUGUGCUGGAGGCCAUCACGAGGCCUGCGCCACAAGAGGACUCCCCGGAAGUUGCCGAGGAGGAUCCCAAUCCACCGCUGAGUCGAGCGGCUUCGGCGACAAGUCAGGCGAGCGACGAAGGGCAGCGUGGGGCCGACGUUGAGAGCCAUACCUGUGGAACACUUGGUGAUUGGCCCGCAGCCGAAGGCGGUUCUGAGGAUGGCGAAUCGGAUGCAAGCGACGACGGCCGCGCCAGUGCCUCUCCCCUGGCGCCGACGCAAGAUCGCUGCAGCCCCGACGACGCUCACGAGGAAGACCCUUCGGGCGAGGACCCCGCCGGAGACUGCCCUCCCGUUCCACCCCCUCGCCGGGCAGCCGGCACCAGCUCGCUCCGGAGCAAGCGCCUCGAGAACCAGGCUCGCGGUGGGCAAGGCGGCGGGCAAGGCGGCGGGCAAGGCGGCGGGCAAGAUGGCGGCGUCACGUGGUCGGCCAUCUCCAAACUUGCAAGUCAUAAGAGGCAGCACCAGCAGAACCAGCACCAGCGACUGUCAAGGCCCACCAACGUGGCGGAGCUGCGGCGGCAGUUCUUUGAGGCCCCCUGGGGCAGUGCCAGCCUGGAGGAGUUCUCGGCCGGCAGCCUGCCCCACUCGCCGGCCAUGCAGCGCCUCCUCUCUUCCACGCGCACCUCGAGCGAGCCUCACCUGGCGGCGCACCAGGACGCACCUUCCUCGGGGCCCUCGUCGCUCCAGGACAGAGACUCCAAGGAGUCCUCGGGGACUUUUGGAAGGCCAAACUUUCGGGAGAGUGGCCCCCAUCGAGUCUGGCCUCACGGGCCAGGAGAUGCCGCUCCAAGAAGGACACACACCCCUCUGCGCGAAAGUGUCUCUCUCAAGCACCACUGGUACAGUACAGACGAAGCGAGCAGCGAACAGGAAACCACGACAUGCUCAUCUUCCUGGGGCUUGACAAGGACGCAGCUGCCCUCGGCUUCCGACCGGAGUGGAGCUCAAUGCCCGUCACCAUCAAUGGGACGAGCACCGCGUUUUGUAUAGACGUCCACAGCUCCAAGCAGACGGACAUCA